AUGGCGUCGGAAUAUGAAGUAUUCAAGUGCUUUGUUCGCGGUCUAGGCCCUGACACUGAUGAAAAUGAUCUUGAGAAAGAAUUUUCAAGUUUUGGCAAUGUUAUCGAUUCUAAAAUCAUUUACGAUCGUGACACUGGAAUCUCGAGAGGGUUUGGAUUUGUUACUUUCUAUGACGUGAAGUCCAAGAAAGAUGCCAUUAUGCAAAUGAACGGCUAUGAGAUCGAUGGUUGCUCCAUCAGUGUUGAAGAGGCUUGGCCACGCAAACGCAAUUCUUCUGAUCUUGUUCGAAUUUUUGUCGGCGUUAUACAUGCAAGACAGAGGCUUGGAAUAUAA